AUGGUCGACUGGUUUAUGAUUGAUCAGACGAUUGCACAAAUCGGAUUCUAUUUGACAACUACAUCCCAAUUCACGCUGAUUACCUUGACCUUGUUUUUUCUGCGAAAAAAUUUUGGAGCGUACAAGUACCUGAUCCUACUGUUCUCCGGAGUUGGGCUUGCGUUUGCCAGUUUGGAGUUUAUGCUAUACCCGAUUCUUCACUAUCACAAAGCCGGCUACAUAUUCUUCACCACAAAUCGCCCACUAAAAGCUUCAAACGAACUCCUCGUUGUCCUGCUCGCAGUCUUCACCGGACUUUACUCCACCACUAUUUCCUUGCUCGCCGUUCAAUAUGUCUACAGAUACUUUGCAGUCUUUGAUAAGCCUCGUCUCAAGUAUUUCAAUCGUUGGUAUUUUAUUAUGUGGAUACUGUAUGACACAUGGUUUGGUUUCGAAGGGGGUGUUGGUAUCUAUAAGUUCAAUGAAGCCGAUGACUAUUCUCGAGAGUACAUGCGUCGAGAAAUGAGAGAUGUCUAUGGACAUGACAUCACAGAUGUUCCUUGUAUGAUACAUGUCGUUUACGAAGACAUUUCUACAAACGGUUCCACAAUCGACUACUUGAUCCGUUGGCGUUGUGUGAUUUGCACCAUCAACAAUGCAUUCAUCAUGAUGGUACAGUAUGGUAUUAUGAUAUAUUGUGGCUAUCGGCUAUACAACGAUAUGGAGGAGAAAAUCAGUAUGCUUUCUGCGACAAUGAAGAAAUUUCAUCGACAAAUUUUCAAGACCCUGUUUUUACAGGUACACCUAAAACAUUUAAGCACUUGUCCAAUGGCUUUUUUUCAGAUCACAACUCCCACUAUUGUUCUUUUUUCACCAAUUGCGUUUAUCAUGACUUUGCCCUACUUUGAUCUCGAGAUCAGUGUUCCAACCGGAGUAUUCCUUUCUGGAUUAGCUCUCUACCCCGCACUCGACGCCUUCAUUUUGAUAUGCUGCGAAGACUUUUUCCACUCGUGCGAGCCGAUCGUGAUCAUGGCCCAUGAUAAAGGAAACCACAUAUUGCCCAAAAAAUCUUUUAUUAUAAAUGGUUUUUUCUUUGUACCAGUUCUUCACUCCCACAACGCCGGUUACAUAUUCUUCCCCACUAAUCACUUACUAAACGCUUCAAACGAACUCCUUGUUGUGUUACUUGCCGUUUACACCGGAAUUUACUCAACAACAAUCGCAUUGCUCGCCGUUCAAUUCAUUUACAGAUACUUUGCGGUGUUUGAUAAGCCUCGUCUCAAGUAUUUCAAUCGUUGGUAUUUUAUUAUGUGGUUACUGUAUGGCACAUGGUUUGGUUUCGAAUGGGGUAUCGGCUUCUACAAGUUCAAUGACUAUUCUCGAGAGUACAUGCGACAGGAAUUAAGAGAUAUUUAUGGACAUGACAUCACAGAUGUUCCUUGUAUGAUACAUCUCGUUUACGAAGAAAUCCGAAACGCAACCACAAGUGACUAUUUGAUCCGUUGGAGUUGUGUGAUGUGCACCAUCAAUAUGACAUUCAUCAUGAUGGUACAGUAUGGUAUCAUGAUAUACUGUGGAUAUCGGUUAUACAAUGAUAUGGAGGAAAAAAUCAAUAUGCUCUCUGCGACAAUGAAUACAUUUCAUCGACAGGUUUUCAAGAGUCUAGUGCUACAGGUGGGUACAGUUACAUCAUGA